AUGAACAAGUACACUGUUACUGCCGUCGAUAAGAGAUUUUUAGAGGUUAGUGGAAGUUUUAUGGAUACCAUUACGAGAACACUCGCGUACCACGUCUCUAACGGACGGAAGUGGAAUUUAGUGUUUCGAUCGUACGACGGAAGUCUGGAUACUAUUGAUGCUAUCCCAGAACAUGAUUGGAGAGGAACCGAUGCUCGGAUUGGUACGAGGAGCCCUAAAGCGGUGGCCCCAAAUGUCAUUAACGUUGGAAAUCCAGCAUCCACACAGACGAUACUUCUGGAAGUCCUUGACACCUCAAUAGCCACACCAUAUACGUUGAGCUUUGCAGGCGAAACAGUCUUGGAUGCUGGUACAACUAACCCGAAAAAUAUUCCGUGGGCGACAAUCAGCGAUGACCUUAAGAACGCCCUUGAGACGUUGGACAGCGUGGAUGGCGUUAGCGUUGCGUCUAUUGUAAAUGGUGGCACUGUAAUCCACACCGUAUCUUUUUGGGGGAUGUAUCCGAUGAAGAAACUACCGCUACUUGUCGUCACUCCUGCCACACCCAACCUCAACGCGUAUGUUCAAGGCAAUAACGCUGUCGCAGUGACCAAACAAGACAAUCUGAUUCUAGAAAGCAGUCAAACGUACGCCUUCCGUAUCUUCGCUCUGAACUCCAGAGGUAUCAGCGACUCCGUAUCAGUGUUCGAGGCUCAGACAUCAGCAAGUUCCGUUGUCCCCUCCCCACCCACAGGUGUAGCGCUGGGUGAAUUCCAUGGACCCACGUGGCUGUCGAUCAACUACUGGGCUCCGUUUUAUUUUGGUGGUGCGAAAGUGACCAUGUACCGUAUCGAGUGGGAUUCCUCACCCAACUUCGACAGCUCCAGCAUCGAUUACGGUGUGGCUAAUAUCCAAGAGAAAAUCGAGGUACAACAAGUGACUACCAGCUAUCGUAGCUCAGUCGGUGCUGGAGGGACAUUCACGUUAUCUUGGGGAGGACACAUGACUUCGGUGUUGCCGUUUGACUGCAGCGUUGAAGCUAUGACAGACGCACUGGCUGGUAUCACGGACACAGUGAACGUUGCUGUCGAUCCGGUUAAAGUUACGCGAGCACGAGUAUCGUGGGGGUAUAGUUGGAAGAUAACCUUUUUACAUAACCCUGGUGACUUAGCUCUACUGGUUGCGGAUGGAACUCAAUUAACGGGUGAUUUCCCUCAAAUAAGGGUAGUUGAGGUUGUUCAAGGCUUCCAAGAUCUGACUAUUGGUGACUUUACUCGCGAAAUCCAGGAAGUGUUUACGGAUGGUGUAUCACCCGUAACUGGUUCGUUUACGCUGAUUUUUAACGGUAAAACUACGGCAUCAAUCGACGUUAAAGCGUCGGCAUUAGAGAUGCAAGAAGCGUUACAGGAGAUCACCUCAACAUACUCUAUUAAAGUAUCCAAAGCGGUGCGAAACUCUGCUGUUCAUACUGCGGUAUGGACUGUCACGUUCGCAUAUCUUCGAGGCGAGGAAAUGGUUGGAGCUGGCAAUAUAUUCACCAUGACGGUGGCAGAUUCCCAGUUAUCGGGCACAAGCGCAGUCGUACAAGUUGCGAAUAAAGUGAUAGGGUCCGACCCUUUCCGGUUUACUCUAACUGGUCUUCGUCCAGGCGUAAGAUACUACGCACAUGUGAUGGCGUACAAUGCCGAUGGCUUCGGGUCUGCUACGUCUCCGCUUGCUAGCGCUGUAACUUGCUGGCAACCACAGCCACCACAGUCCGUAACAGCCAGUGUAGUUGACGGAACAACACUAGCUGUAAGCUGGAGUGCAGUGGAGGAGUCGUGUAGUGUGGACAAGUACAAAGUCGAGUGGUAUCGAGCAGAAGGAACGCAGGAGCAGCAAACCAUCACGACAUCGGCGGGUAAAGGUCUUCCCGAUAUUCAAAAACUAGUGAAUUUUGCGGAUUCCCGAACUCUAACGGGCUAUUUCAAGUUAUCUUUUGGCGGAGAGGUGACGGAGAACCUCCGAUGGGAUGCAGAAGCUACAGGUUUAAACUCGGUUAAGGAGCGAUUAGAGCGUUUAUCGACUAUAGGGACAGUGGAUGUCUCGAGACAGGAGUCUACUCGUGUAACGGGGUUAUUUGUAACUGUAACGGGGAAGACUGUAACGCGUCAUACCAUGUCCACGUCUGCAAUAGCGGAUACCAAGCUGGCAAAGGACGAUGUUAUCUGGAUUGCGGGUAACGAGCGUACAAUUACUGCUGUACCCACAGCGACGACUCUCACGAUUGAUACCGAUCUCGAAGUUACAGUACCUGUACCUGUAUUUAAAAGUGCGUACGGUUACGAGUGGAAAAUCACCUUCUUAGCAGGUCAUGUGGGACCGCAAGACCUCAUCCAGGUUUACCCGAGUGACAGUUGGACCGGAAAUAAUCCCGGUAUCGUUGUAAACUCGGUUCAAAAAGGUCUUCAGCCGAUUAGUGGGACGUUUAUAGUCGCCUUUGCUAGUGGAGGACUGUCGGAUUCUACGCCGCCUUUACCUCACAAUAUUUCAGCAGUCGAUAUGCAGACUGCGUUAGAGAGUUUGGUUACGAUUGGCGCUGUGAACGUAACCAGAUCGGCGAAUGGUUACGGAUACAACUGGGUAGUUACGUUUGUAUCGGAGUUUAAGAACGAUAUCUCGCUGUUAAGUGUUGAUGGAACAGAACUCCAAGGCCCUGGUGCACGUGCACUAUCAGCACGGACACUUGCGGGCACUCAACCUACGUUUUACUGCGAACGGGACGGAAUAGCGGGCUUUUCUGCUGAAAUCGGAGUACCAGGGCAGUUACGAUAUGUUAUUCAGGGCUUAAAAACGGGUACAAAAUAUGCUAUCCGAGUACGAGCCCACAACAACGAAGGGUACGGAUACGCAGCCAGUAUUGUCUCUGGGUUUCAGAUUCCGAGAACUACACCGUCUACGCCUCAAAAUUUGGAGUUGUUGAUACUAUCCAGCAAAUAUCUAAAGCUUCGGUGGAGUGCUCCGUUAAAUGAUGGGGGUACAGCUAUUCUAGGCUACCGACUUCAAUGGGAUACGGCGGGUACGUUUCCUAACGUGAAUACCCCUAAUUACGACUUUCAAACGGUGUAUGAAGUGAACUCUACGGAUCCUGGUCCGUACUUUUACAACAUUUUUACGCCAAUAGUUACGACGUACUAUGUGCGCGUACUGGCUUUGAAUGACCAAGGCGAUGGUCCAUAUGCAGUUCCUGUUCCAAAAUAUGCACGACCCACCGAUCGUACACCUGGUCGACCAGAAGAUGCGACCGCCACAGCGCUUUCUAGCUACGCUAUCUUAGUGGAGUGGAACGCUUCUUCUACUGACAGGUUUUACUAUGGAGGCGAUGGUGGACUCUCAAUCACUCAGUAUAUGAUCGAGUGGGAUCUCUCUCCAUCGUUUGAUUCGCCCGCUGCGUUUGGACUGGUAGAUGGCACUAAACGGUCUUUUAUUAUCGGCGGAGACGACGCUAUCACCGGCGUUCGAUCCGAUAUUUUGAUUGCUGGUUCGUCUUACAGUAUUCGAGUUACGGCGUUCAACGCUAAAGGCUCUGGACCUCCUCGAGCUACAGUUCCGUCCUCUGUCGUUGUCACUAAUCAACCGCCUAGUGCACCACAGAAUCUAACGCUCAGUGUUGCGUCAGCGACGUCGGUUAAAGCUGAGUGGACGAAUCCAUUGUUUGAUGGCGGGUCGAGCUUGAAAUCGUACCAGAUUGAGUGGGAUGAACAGGAGGAUUUCAGUAGUGGACAGACAUCCAGUGUGACGAUCCCUAUUGUUCGGGAAAUGCAGAGUAUGGUUUUACAAAGCGAGGUGGUGAAUGAAGAGCAAUUCGUGGAUGUUACAGUGGAAGUAGUGAACGAACAGCAAGAAGUUCGCAGCACUUUCACUGGUUUGGAUGAGGUUCAAGUGAUUAAAACAACAAAUGAUAUUGUGAAAGAUGAAGUUCAAAAAGUGAUGACGUCCGCUACGGAUGGGAACGAAAUCCAGGAGUUACGGUUAGAUGACGAUGAUGUUAAUGAGAUCCAGGGGAUUCGAACGACAGUUACUGAAGGAUCUGAAGUUCAUGACGUGAAAAUUGGGGUCGAAAGGGUUAGUGAAGUGCAGAGUCUUACGCUGUUUUUUACGGGGGGAGUUGGGAAUUUGGGGUCGAUUGGAGGCACAUUUUAUCUCACAUUUGACACUACGGUCUGUACUUAUUGUCUGAUGACUAAAAAGCACAGUGUCGACACUGUUGAUCUCGUAGUCUCCUCUCUUCAAGAUGAUAACGAUGUUAGGGCAGCAGCUUUCGUGAAAACUGAAUUAGAGCGCCUGGAUAAUAUUGAUACAGUGGAUGUGAGCCGUACUAGCACCAAAUCGGGCGCUGGAUUAACGGGGGACGAUCUAACUUACGUGUACUUGGUCACCUUUACCGGUAAUGAUGUCGGUGGAGACGUGCCAAUGCUUAUUGUUGGUGGUACUCUAACUUUUAGUGGCAAUACAGUAACGCCCACUGUGAACCAAGAAACCCAGGGAAACGAACCCUAUUACGACUCUAACGCCAACUCCGUCUUCUCCCUUACCUACACGUGUGAAUCAUACUCAGAUCCAAGUGCAGACUCAACGUUUAGUACCGAGUGUACACCAUCCGUCAAGUUAUGUGAUGCUUGCGUUACAGAUUUUGAUGGCUCUAAAUUUACAGUAUCCGCUGACGUAAGCGGCCAAGUCUCUAAAGGAACCAACUUAUUUGCAGGCGUUUGUUCCUUUGAAGUAGAUUCAAGAUCCGUAACGUCGGGAAUUACAACAAUCGUUAUUGAUACCAACGAUCCUGGCGCUCUAUGCAGUCGAUUUUCUGGUGCGUCAUUUUCACUAUUUGAGGCCCCACAGAUAACAGUCUCAAAUAUCCCGGUCAAAACCUCAGCAGCUGUGGUUGUGGAUGCUAGUGACGUCCAAAGUGCAUUGAAUGUUCCUGAUCUCAUUGGUGCAAUGACAGUUGAGCACAAUCUUUUCGUUGAUUCGAGUUUUGUUGGAGCGGUUUACUCUGUAACUUUCACGACACGGACGGGAAAAAUACCGUUGUUAGAGUGUGUCAAGACGGGAAUUGUUCCCAUUCAAACUGGUAAAGGUGUGGAGUGUUCAGUAACGCGAAAAACCACCGGUAGUAUGCUGACUGGAACGUUUAAAAUUGGUCUAAUUAGUCAGGAUGAUACGGAUCCGACGGAUGCUAAUGCUGUUUAUAUUCCUACUGCAUACACUACGGACAUUCCGUGGGAUGCUACUGAAGCUGUAGUGAAAGACGCGUUGGAAAAGGUGGAUACUCUAACGGGAAAGCUGAUUUUUGGACAAGUUAAAGUGAAGAGAACGCUGUAUUCUACCACCGCCGAUAAAUGGUCCGGUGGAUUUUCGUGGCAGAUUACGUUUCUGACUCGAGGAUGGGAUAUCCCAACGCUUACCAUAGAUAAAACUGGGUUUUCAACUUCAAGAAGUAACAACCCAGCAGCUCAAGUAAUUGUUGGAGAUGCAGCACAUCCACUCUUAAAUCCGAGUGUGCUAUGCAGAGAAGGCAAUCAAGUAGGUGGGGAUAUGAUCUUUACAUUUGGCUCGGCAGUCACUAAAACGUGCACGAUUGGAGUGGAUACUUCGUUGGAUACUCUGGAUACAAGCGUGACAGAUACCAAGUUCCAGGAUUUUUUCAAAAACAGCCUUAACGUUCCAACAAUUAGCAUUAAACGAUCAGCAGCUACACAGGCACGAGGGUUUACUUGGACCAUUACAUUUAUCGACGACAGUACACCAGGUGAUGUCCCGGAUCUGUAUCUAACGACGCAGCUUACGUCCACCACUGGCAGCAAUAACGGUCGCACUAGUGUAGUCGAAACUUUAAAGGGGAACGAGCUUACGGGAGCUUUCCAACUGGUCUUUAAUAGUGAAACUACGGGACCGAUUAUGGCCGGAGCGGACGAAUCUGCCAUGCAAGCUCAGCUCAAUAGUUUACGUACCAUUAAACCGAGUAGUGUUAUCGUCAAGAGAACGUUAACCAAUCCGCAGGUGAAAGGUUAUACCUGGUUAAUAACCUUCCGUUCUUCGGUAUGGACGGAUCCAACCAUUGAUCACUCCGCGGGUAUUGACGGUAAUUGGAAAGGAUCUGCAGCUGCGUGGGAUGACGUGUGGGAAUCUGGAUACUCUAAAGCGUGGGGACGUCAAGUCGGGCAUACUUUCCUGUUAGGGUGUGACAAGAGUAGUCUUGUUACCACCACCAAUGAUAAGACUCAAACCUGCGAUACAGGAGUCGUUAGUGCAGGCGUUGGACCUCUUGGUGGAACGUUUUCCAUUGAAUUAGACUCGAGGCAUUCGCCCCACAUGGCGAUCCAAUCCUUGGAAACAAGUGACCCAAUCGCUCAUAAUGCAUUUGCCACCAAAGAAGAAAGUGGAAAUUCGGGAACAUCGGUCGAAGAAAUUCUCGAAAAAAUGGCAAAUGUUGGCGACGUUGAGGUGUCGAGAAGUGUGGUGGAUAGAGAUACGGGAGGGUAUGAGUGGACUGUAACGUUUCUUAGAGAUGCCAGUACUCCCUCUAAGCCUUGCGAACAGCUGGAAACUCUAACGGACGGAACGAAAGUAUGUAAUUCCCCUGGUGAUAUCCCGCAGAUGGCAACUAUAGUAACGGAUUUGAAAGGAUCGAAUAAUCACGCUACCGUUACGACAGUCCAAGAUGGAGCAAUUUUACGGGGUGAUUUUACAGAUUUUAAAGUCCAGGGUGAUGCAGGAGUCGAUAAACGGUAUACUGUAACAGUAAGCUGUGCUAAUACAGUAGCGUCGAAUCUGCCGUGUACCGUAACGACAUUUACGAUAGCGUCUGGAGCUAGUACUAUACGAACGAGUCUGAUGGCAAAAGACCGGUUUAUCGUGGAUGGAAUUACAAGCUGUGUCUUUACGGUGGUGGAUUUCGAUGCUGCCACACCUCCAACAAAGAUUAACGUUAAGUCGUUAGACUGUAACGCUCUAAAUUCCGGAAAUACCGUAACGCCACUGGGUGUAUCCAUCCUUAUCCCGUGGAAUGGUGACGAAAAUGUGAUCAAGCGUGUACUUGAAGCAGCAUCUACUACCACCGGACGCAAGGUUAGUGUUGAGAAGACUGUACACGGGAAAUACGGUGAGAUGUCGUGGCUUGUGCAAUUUAUCUCUAACCCGACGUACACGCCACUGGGGGCGGGUAAUUUACCUAAAAUUACCGCUACUUUUGAGUCUGAGACUGUAUUGAACUCAAAUCCGAUCAAUGUAGACGAGAUCACGCCUGGAUCAGAAGGACUCAGUGGAUCGUUCUUUAUGGAUUUUCACUCUUCGUUUGGUCCUCGAGAAAUGGCGUUCAACGAGGACGCAGUUCGAUUGGAGAAAAAGCUAAACGAAAUGGAUACUAUCGGUAGAGUAUCCGUAGAGCGAUUCGAGUAUCCUUCUACCGCUACAGGAUGUACAGAUUCCUUAUGUUCCGGUGGCUGGGAAGACCAACCUGUUCUCAAUCCAGGCACCCGAGGAGGGUAUCGGUGGCGAAUCCGAUUUUUACGUGUAACCGGAGAGUAUGAAGGCGUAACUUUCCCACCCGGUAGUGGUAACUUGGGGGAGUUUACAGUGGACUACGCGACGUCUCUUAAUGGGAAAGACAGGUCUGUAAUAGUGUACACAGAUACAGCAGGUUCAGCUCCGAUACUGGGGAGCUUUAUGCUCAGUACUCCCAGCGCCCAAACACCGUCACUACUGUAUUCUUCGUCGGCUGAAGCUGUGAAACAAGGAAUAGAAGCCAUGGAUUUAUUCGGAGAAGUGGACGUUUCUCAAGGAUUUUUGUUGACUCAGAAGAUUCCAGGUAUUAAAGCAAAGGUUUCGCGAGACACUCUUACUGCUACGGUAACUGGCGUUGAAGAUAUUCGUCAGUUUAUCUCUCCGACGGAUAUUAUCCGCUUCGGGUCUUCAGUGGAUAAUCUGGUUGGAUCCAACGGGAACACACCGUUUACUGGCUCCAAACAGACUUCGAUGGUGACUGUGGGUGCGCUAUCUCCGAUUGUGACAGCACUAGAGGCUUCCGCUACGAAGUUACUGUAUCCUGGAAUGCAGCUCCGUAUCGAUGGCUUACCGUACGAAGUUCAGCGUUCCGGACACGAAAUCCAAACGAUUACGGUGUCGAUCCCUAAAGGUGCCAGUCAAAGUGUGGAUUACUACGCUCUUACACUUUCUAGAGCGGGAGUAAUUUACGGUCCAACGGCCUGCUUCUCGGUUAGCGCCACUGCUGACAGCUUACAGACGUCGUUACUGCAAUUGAUUCGUGGGAUUAGUGCACUGGCACCGGCAGAUUCUGUGCUGGUAUCUCGCUCUGCUCCUGUCGUUACAGCAACGACGACGGGAUACGUGUACUCUGUUUACUUCUUUGGAGAUGUAGUGGCUGGAGACGUUGCUAAAUUACAGACAACAUCGACAGGUUUUACGGGGGUCUGUAUCGGUAUUACUGGAUCUACCGUUACCGUUAGUGUAGCAACACAAGGAGGUAAUCUGCCUCAUCAGCGUUUGUCGCUAGCUACUGAUUCCGGCCAAGUUAUCGACUCCAGCGGAUACUUUAAAAUGUCCCUUAACGGGAAAGAUACUGAUUGCAUGCUCUGGGGUGCGACUGCAAGCGAUCUUGAGGAUGCUCUUGAGAAUAAAUUAAAUACCGGUAAAGUUAUCGUUACGAGACGUGGAGGAGGCAUCUCCCAGACCGAGAUCCAACGUCUGCGCAUGACUGCUGAUGCUGAGGUCACAUCAGACAGUACGGGGUUGUUCCAGCUACAAUUUACGUAUGCUGGCGUGACUACUGCUACAAACUGUAUUAGUUACGGUGUGUCAGCUGUAAACUUACAGAAAGCGCUCAAUGGCUUGAGUAAUUUGGAUUUUGUCGUCGAUCAUAUCAACGUUACGCGUGAAGGAGAUGGCUCGUCGACUUGGGGGUUUGGUUACGAAUAUCUGAUCAAUUUUCGAGGUCCUGUAACAGGUGGAUACAGUCCCGUAAUUGGCGAUGUACCGUUACUGGAGAUUGUCAAUGUAGGGCAGAAUUUAUGCUCCUCAACCGCGGUUGGUGGCCAUCCAGCGUUAAUCAUUGAAACAGUACGAGACGGAUCGCCUGGAUAUAUCUACGAUAUAUUCUUCAUGGAUUAUACAGAGACAGCGAUGGUACCAACGAUCUGGUUGCAGCACGAAGCUCAAGGUUCAGUGUGUAAAACUGGCUGGGUUCAGAAUGGAGGGAGCGUUCGCCGCGCUUAUUUGGAGACGGUCGAUUAUGGUGGCAGUAGCGAAGUUCAAGGAUUGACUAUCCCUAACAAAAACGCAGCGGGUAAAUUCCUGUUGACUUUCGCUGGUCAAACGACGUCCUGUAUCGCUUACAGUGCAAGCGCUUCGGCAGUGGCAGACGCUCUAAAUUUACUGAGUACAAUUGGUGGAGGGGUGUCAGUAUCCAGAGAUACAGAUGUGAAGGAGGCGCCGAAUGGAUUUAUUCACAGAAUCACUUUUAGUGGAGAUCUUGUUACGGGAAAUGUCCCUCUGUUAAGUGUACAAGAAGCUACGAGUGCGUGUCUUAGCCCACAACCAACCACGAAAGCUGAGGUUACGGUGGAUACAGAGGGAGGGCAGAACUCGGGCCAGUUUGCUCUAACCAGUUACUAUAAUGGAGAGGCCUCUGAAGUGUCUCAUGUUGCUUACGGUAUAUCGCAGCAGUUUAGCGUCAUGAGCGAGCAAUUUGAAGUCCAACAAGUGGUCAUUUCGAAUGAUGCCAAUGAUAUUGGACUCGGUGCGACGUAUAAACUUACGUUAAAGAGCCAAACGACCGCUGCAAUUCCAUGGGACGCGUCUGAGAGUGCAUUAGCGGAAGCGCUAACUGUAACAGGCGUUAGUGCUGGAGAUAUUAUGGUGACUCGACGAUCGGAUUCCUCUGACGGGUUUGUGUACUCUAUCUACUUCAGUGGAUUAUCCGUGACUGGAGAUUUAGAUACACUUGUGUUCGGAAGUUUAACAAGCUUUGGGACUGGUAAAGUACUCGUAUCUACUAUCCGGGAUGGUACGAAUGGGGCAUCAUCGUUUACCCCCGAUACAAUACCAUUGGCUAAAGCGGAUAAUCCGGAUAUCCCAUCGUCAUAUCUGGCCAGCGCUUCGAGUCUCGACGUCUUUAAAGUGGACGGGUUACUGUGGACGAUCAAGUUUAAAUCUUCUCUUGGAAAUAUCCCGAAACUCGGCAAGCAAACGAAGGCAUUAUCUGCAGGAACGUUGCAGAUUUUUGAUGAUUUUAUCCAAGGAUCUGCGUCCAACUCUUACGUGAUUCCGAAUCUUCUCGCUGGGAUAAAUUACUACAUUCACGUGGCAGCGAUGACAGAUAUCGGCACUGGUCUCUUCUCAGCCACUGGCGCUAUCAUGCCAAGCGGUACAGCGUCAGCAGUGCAGAAUAUCCGUGCAGGAUACGCCAUUUACGAGCGUGACGUUCAGGAGAUACGCCUCGCAGCAACUCACGUAUCGGAGGUCCAAGAGAUUACCACGGAAGCUGCUAGUAUUGCAGAGGUUCAAACGCUACGAACGUACGCUUCGUCGUGUCCUUCUGGAUCUUGUAUCAAAGGAUCUUUCGCCUUCCGUGUGCCCACGGUGCAAACCGUAACUAUAUCAGCUGAAGCUCCCAUUUUAUCUGGAACUUUUACACUACUUUUCACACGAGAAGUGAAAGAUUCAACGAAUUUGGGGUCAUUUAAGACAAUAGGAGCGAAAACUGGGGCGAUCUUGUGGAACGCAGACGCUAGUACUGUAAAGAACGCGUUGGUUACAGUAGUAAAUGGAGCUCUAACCACGAAUGAUAUCGUAGUUACACGGGACGGAGACGCCUCGGAGGAGUUCGGUUAUGGAUACGUAUUCCAGAUCACAUUUGUUGGUAACAGUGUCGCUGGAGAGACGAAGAAAAUUGAUUGUGCAGAUAAAACAUUUGUGACUACGGGUAAUGUACCUUCAAGCUGUGGGGUUACUAUGGAUACAGAUAUUGCGAUGGGUACAGAUACUGCUGUACAGCAAGUGAUAGUGACAGCCAAGAAACCUUUAGUCGCGGGGUCGUACAGUCUUCGGUUUACGUAUCUUGGAGCGACGAAGACUUCGAGUUGUAUCCCUUUUGAUGCAUCCGCUAAUAUCAUGGAUAUUACGCUCGAAGCUAUGGAUAAUAUCGACAAGGUGUAUGUCACCCGAGAGCGGGACAGUACUAUCGUGCCAAAUGGAUUUAUUUACCGGAUUUUCUUCCACGGUAACGGUGUGUAUGGGGAUGUGGAUAAGCUCGACUAUGUCAUGUGUACAAAUUUUCAAACUCAAGAGAAAAAUGCUCUUACGACCGUCGGAGUAGACGGACAAGUGCUGAUUUCGAUGGCGAAUUAUGGUGGAUUUAAUCCGCUUAACACAUUUGUGAGCGCUGCAUCAGCUACGGCAGCUCAACUUACGACCGAUCUCGCCCAAUUACCAGUGUUUGGAGACGUAUUAGUCUCUCAGUCGCUUGUAGACGAACAAGGUGGCUACAUUUGGACGGUGGCAUUCAAAGAUUCUGAAGGGAAUCUACCACAGUUUAUCUGCGCUGUGGAUCCUACAUUUAAAUCUGCAGCAGGUGCCGGAUGCGAGACAGAUACUCUGACGGAUGGCAACGUUUUAAGCGGUAGUUUCCUCAUCGAAGCGAGCUCUCCGAUCCCGUUUAAUGCUGACGCAGGGACGAUGAAAGCAGCACUGGAAGCCAUGGCGUGGGUGGGUACAGUGCAAGUCAAGCAGUCGGCUGCAUCUCCUCAGCGAGGGUACACUUGGACGAUAACCUUUCUGGAUUAUCGUGGAGAUGUACCCACUUUACUCGUUACAAGUUCAUUGGUGGGGACAGGAAGCCAGAUUUCUGUACGAGAAGUUCGAAAGGGUAAUGCCCUGAGUGGUACAUUUUCUGUAUCGUACAAGAACUCGGAGACUGCGGCAAUUAACUGGGAUGCAGUCGCCAAGACAGCGGCUAAACCAGAUGGUUCGUCUGUGCAGGAGAAAAUCCAAGCUCUAGAUGCUGUUGGUCAGGUUGAUGUUGAACGGUCAGGUCCGGAUUCUGAAGGAGGAUACACGUGGCGGGUGACAUUUCUGGAUAAUAUCCAAAAUUCGGGAGAUUUACCGCUUCUUCAAGGAAAUGCAAGUGGAUUAACUGGGGAAGGAGCUGUUGUGUUUACUAGGGAAGUUACAAAAGGCUCUAAUGCUGUUGGAGAUCAGUUGUGGCUCUCGUUCGACCCGCCAGCGACAGAUAAUGGCAGUCCGAUCACUAAAUACCAGGUUCGAUGGGACACAUCCGACAAGUUCACAGCGAAUCCGGCGGAUGUUUUCAUCUCGGACGCAGAUAAACUGUACAGAACUCAACGGAUCACCACAAGCGCUUCCAGUCUCGCGUGGUCGAACAACAUGAUCCGAUCGGUAGAUGAAAUCCAGAAGGUCAAGAUUCUCACGACGGGGACAUUUACCUUGUCGUUCCGUGGUGCAACCACUGGGACGUUUACAGCAGUAGCAGCAGGGAUAACAGCAGGAACCACGACGAUUGCUGGCUUGAAGUCGGCACUGGAAGCUCUUUCUAGUGUCGGAUCCGUCGAUGUAUCUUCAGCCAAGACAGUGCUGGAAGUGGGAGCUGAAGUCUUGAUCACAUUUACAGCACAACCAGGUGACCUUCCACUACUAAAUCCGAGUAAUGGCGUGGCUUCGGUAGAAGAAAUCCACACUGGAGAGACGAAUUUCCGUAAAGAAGUGGUCGUUUUCUCGUGUACGGCGACUCAGGGAACGGUUCGGUUCACGUAUAAUGGGGACAACGCUGACGUGAACUUUAACGCGCCACUGAUUACAGUCGAGACGAGUUUGUCGACUCUAUUCGACGUCGAAGCGGAGAGUAUCAGUGUGUCGAGUGCGACGCAGUUGGUGCUGUGUAAAUCUGCUACGCCGGCAGAUGUCAAGAUUGUGUUUGAUAGGGUAUAUGGAGAUAUUACUCUAUCUAUCGAUAAGGGUAUUGACGCUGGAGCUGAUGCUGUAAUUGUGUUCAAUAUGGACACUUCUAUCGACGGAGUGUAUAACGACGACCCCGCACUUACCAUGAGUGGAACCUUCCAGGUUGGAUACCAAAAUCAAUACACUCGCCCUCUAAACGCCGAGUCGAGUGCGGAUCAAUUACGGUACGCACUUGAAGACCUCGACUCGAUUCAAACUGUUAGUGUCAAGCGGGAACUAUCGUACCAGUCUCUACCUGGUAAAGUUGAUGUGACGGAGGGAGAGAUUUUCGUGACGUGUAGUACUGGGGAGACUUGCAGCUUUUAUUCGGCCGCGUAUGGACUUCCAGGGUAUAAGAUUCGCAUUGGUGGAGACUGGUACACUGUUCGUACAGAUGUGAGUUCUCCAGGGCUACACAAGACCCGGCUGUAUCUUGGUGACUUCAAUGGUCGAGAAAUAGGGUAUCUAGGUUCGACUGAGAUUGCAGUUACGGUGUAUGAGUGGACGAAGGGUUAUGUUUGGACUGUGGAUAUGCUAAGCGUGGUGUCACCACUUGGAUAUUUGCGUGCGAAGGUUCCUCGAUUGCAUCCUACUGACUCUACAGUAAGAAUAUCGGGUAGUGGCUGUGAUAAAUGCUACUAUCUACCAACACAAACAUCUAAGAAACUCAUCACUGGUCAGCAAUACUUUAUCGAAGUGUAUGCGUACAAUUUCAAUGGUAAAGGCAGUCCACCUACUUCUACCAUUGCUACACCGAGGAAAGUACCCGACGCGCCUUCGAAUGUGGAUCUCGUGGUAGUAUCUGGAAAAGAAAUUGAAGUUUUCUUCUCCCCUCUAAACUUGGGAGACAAUAUGAGUCCAGAGUUCAACAAGGAUAUCUCGUCGUACAUUGUACAGUGGGACGUCGACUUGACCUUCAAACACGGUCUUCCGGUCUGUAACGCAUGUGCGAGAGCGCUAACAGGGAUUUUUCUAACUGUCACGACUCCACUCGCGGAUACUUUACCGGAAAAUUCCAAAUUUAUGGUUAAAGAACUGGGCUGUACAAUGGAAGUUGUGAAGGUUGUGAGUGCUACAGUGGUGCAAGUUGUUGGUGGACAUAGCUGUGAGAGCUUUAACACCCGCUCGUACUCCCUAACGUACUACACUUACCCACCGGCUACCGUAUCUGGCGCUCUAAUUCAAGCGCCACCGCCGUUCCGGUAUUUAAUCUCGAACCUUAUCAUCGGCACUAAAUACUUUGUGCGCGUUGCGGCUGUAAACUCGGUACCUGUCCAACAAAUCGCGCUAAAUGGAAACCCUCCAGACAAUCGACAAUGGAGCUCACCUUUAUCUGUAACGACGAAAGAUAGAGCACCUGAUGCACCCUUAUCGGUCGCGCUGUAUCCCUAUUCCGGUACUAUACUCCAGUUACAGAUUCAGCCUUCUACACGCGAUGGAAAAGGAACUGGAGGCUUAGCAAUCACUGCGUUCUGGAUCGACAUUGACACAGUGUCGACGUUUGACUCAGUUACGAAGAGUAACCCUAUAGAGAUCGUAAACACUACUCUAGCCAUCCCAGAAUUGUAUUCUGGCGGCCCCCGUAUUUACUAUCUUACGGGACUUACGACAGGGACACACUAUUUCGUUCAGGUUAAAAUCAAAAACGCUAUCGGAUACAGUCGAGCAACGCUCGCUCCAGCUCCUGUGGCUCCAACCCGUCAUUCCGAUGGACCAGUAAACGCAAAGAUUACUACUACUCUAACUAUAUCUUCGACUCCAAUCGACUCAGCGACUGUAACGUGGCAGAAACCUGUUUUCAACGGCGGAAUCGGACUUACAAGUUACAAAAUCGAGUGGUGGCGUGCUCUUUCUAGACCGGAAGUACAGGUAGUCGAGCUGAAAUGGGUCACUUCGCCCACAUCUGCUCCUUUUGCGCUAUCAUUUCGAGGUGGAAAAACUGAAUAUAUGGAUAAAGAUGUGUCAGCGGAGAAUUUACGGAGUGCUCUAAUGAAUAUCGCGGUAGGAGCGUCGCUAACUAUGGGUCAUGUGGAGGUCUCCCGCUCUACGAUAAGCAACAAUCUCGGGUACCAGUGGACUGUGACGUUUGCUAACGAUUUGAACGCUGGAGAUCAGCCCUUGCUGCAAUUAGAGAUCGGAAAUGUAGUGGGCAGUAACGACGCUACGGGGCGAGUAUUCGAGCUUACGUCAGGUAUCGCGGUACCCGUAUUGUCGACAUUCCCAGGGAAGCCAGAGGUGCAAGUUUUGGUGUCUUACCACGCAACGACAACCGUAGGAGGAUACUUUCGACUCGGUUACAAGGGAUCAGCAUGGACCAAUUACCUCCCCGCAAGUAUUAGUGCAAAUAAUCUGAAACUCGCGCUCGAAAAUCUGCCCACUAUCGGUGUUGUGAACGUGGAAAUCGAGUCAAUGGCAUCAGCUGGUCACGCUUUUACGUUUGGUCAAGUGUGGACGAUCACGUUUAUCUCCAACGUCGGGAACUUACCUCCCUUAACGGUAGAACCGUCCAAACUCACACCAUUUGACGCAUUUUUGGGAGUAAAAGACGGCGACAAUGCGGUUGAUAGUAACGGAGUGCUGUGUCUACCUGGCAGUGAUGUUUCAUGUCCUGGAUCGUGGCCUGUUACCCUGGGAGCCUUAAGACAGCAAGCUGCACCCCAAAAGCCCAUCGUAGAACUCGCUACACCUGGUGAAGCUGCAGUAGACUACGCGCUCUACGAAACUGUAAGCGCAGCUACUCUAACCUACACGAUACCAAACUUGAUACCAGGUCAAGCGUAUUUCGUCUCUGUAACAGCUAAAAAUCCACUUGGACCGGGACUCCGCUCUCAAACGUCCCCUACGAGUGUCAUUCCUCCGCUUCAAGUACCCGGCCCACCCACAAGUGUGUCUGUGGAUGUAAACCCUGGCGUUGCGACUCAACUCUUAGCAUCGUGGAAUGCACCCUCCAGUGACGGAGGCAGUGCAGUGCGUAUGUACCGUAUAGAGUACGAUCCGUCCCCACUAUUCACGAACCGAGGCCAGCAAGAUGCCUGGUGUCCAGUUGCACCCACGUACGCAGUAUGGAAAGUCCAAAGCGUGCGUACAAGUUCUGCUGUAGCCACUUCUACCAUCGCUAAUGGCUACUUCCAGCUCCAGCUCACGCGACUCAACGCUGUUACUCUAUCGGAUCCUAUUCCCUGGAACGCUGUGGCUACCGCACGAGAAGAAGUCGGAUCAAAUACGGUGUCAAACUCUAAAGUAUUCUGCACAAUUACCAGUCCAACCUGCACCAGUAUGGCCAAUUUCCCAUUUGGAAGACUGCAACUCUCCGGUUCAAUGCAGUCUAAGCUCAACUACUUAUCGCAAAUUACGAACGGAGUGGAUGUUCAGCGUACAGCUCAAGCAGCAGACGGAGGGUACACGUGGUCGAUUACGUUCUUGGAUUCAGGGGACAGUUUUGCACUGGCUGCAAAAAAUGUACGACUUACGUGUGCGGACCCGAAUGUAUGUACGACCGCUACGUAUGAUGUGAUUGUGACGAAAGUACGAGCUGGAGUCAUGCCUCUAAGCUGCGUAGGCAGUCGUAUUGUGCCGUCUAUUGGUGCGUUGAAUAAGGGGCAACUCUAUAACAUUAGGGUGUCGGCCUAUAACGAGGUUGGCUUCGGUAAACCUGCGGUAGCUCCGAACCCACAGAAACCGAUGGUAGUCCCUGGCCCUCCGACGGCUGUGACGCUCGCUGUGUAUUCAGUGUCGGAGCUUGUGCUGCUCUUCAGUCCACCGGACGAUAACGGUGGAGAUACAGUCACUGCUUAUGAGAUACAGUAUUCGUUGGAUAGUAACUUCGGGACCUCAAGUUCAGAGGUUGUGGCGAUCAUUACGGGCAUGAGUGCGCCGUAUCGACGCGUCAUUUCUACUCUAACUAAAGGUACACCGUAUUUCUUCCGUAUUCGAGCAAGAAAUUCACAAGGUUACGGACAGUUCCAGCGCUCUGUACCGCCGAAAAUGCAGCCGUACACGACACCCAGUGCACCUACCCAGGUGGUUUUGGGCAUUACAAGUUCGACGAUGCUUACAGUGCGUUGGGCGCCUCCAAGUGACGACGGAGGCGACACGAUCUCGGCGUAUGUGGUGCAAUGGGACGUUGCGGCUGGAUUCGACUCGUUAGCGCUAACAAUGGGCACAACGGUAACUGUGGCUGACCCAGCACAGCGGUCGUACACAAUUACGGGACUUACACCAGCCACGAUCUAUUACGUCCGGGUGUUUGCUACCAACCGUGGUGGUCUGGGUACUCCACAGACGUCUACACCCGCUUCACUUGUACCAGCAGUGACGUUCCCAGGCAAGCCACAUACGCUAACUGUCGUGCCUACCCUUGUGCCAGGCGAGCUCCGUGUUUCAUGGCUACCACCCGUUAUCCCGUAUCAUGGUUAUCCGUGUGCGGGUACACUACAAUCACCAGGAAAUUGUCCCGCUAUCGGGGGACUGAGUAUGGCUUACGGUGGCGUCGACCUGGACAGAUACGUGAUUCAAUACUCCGAACAGAGCGAUUUCUCGACUCCAAUAGAGACUACGACGCCGUCCUCAGUUGUCACGGUGUUACUUACUGGAUUGGUGUCUGGGAAAACCUACUACGUACAAGUUUUGGCCCAGAAUUCACAAGGACGCAGCUAUUUCUGUAAACGUGCGAACACUCAAAGUCUGCUCUGUCCAGACCAACAAGGUUUACUAGACGGCACAGUCGUCACGGGACCCUACGUCUACGCUGCGCCACUGUAGGCUGUUGUAGUCUCAUCAUCAUAUAACAUUCACAGAACACAGCAUAUUUCUAAGAAAAAAAAUGUCGAU